AUGUGACGUACGUGUCCAACGUGGUCAACCCUAGCCGUGGUGACAAAAAACACGAGACUCAUUUUUGAACGAGACCCCCGACCGUAUCGAUCCUACAGCGGCUACUUCUGCAUAUUUUUGAAGAAAAAAUCGUUGAGCAAGUUCCAAACUACCAUGCCAGGGCGGGACAGAUCAUCCAGGUACUACUCACGCGACAUGGAUCGUGGCAGCCCCUCCGGAUCCUUUGACGAUAUUGAAGCGAGUUGGUCGCGGAAACCACAACAGUACGAGGCACGUCGAAAGAAGGAGAAAGCGAGGAAGAACUCGAUGGCCUGUUACCACGUGGUUGUGAUGGUCUUUCUUUUCAUCAUCACCGGUGGAGUGGCAUACCUGGUGUACAAUGGAACAGAUACAUCUUCUUACCUCCGCAGGCCUCAGUUUGGUGAGUGUUUCUUUCAUUAUCUUUUACAUGAUUACAUCUAACUUCUGUUAAUCUUG